GAACAGAUUCUUGAUGCAGUGAUAUACAUGCAUGACAAAGAUUACAUACAUUGUGACUUAAAGCCAUCAAAUAUAUUAUUUGCUAUGAAUGACAGCAUUAAAGUUGGUGAUUUUGGCUUGGUGAAACAAAAUGCAGCUACUAAGCACAGUGCUCCCCAAACUGAUGUUCAAGGUAGUCAUACUAGUGAGAUCGGAACUUUGUUUUAUGUCAGCCCAGAGCAGGAAGCUGGUCAUCAGUAUAAUGAAAGGGCUGAUGUUUAUUCACUUGGAAUAAUUUUAUUUGAACUUUACUUUCCUUUUAGCACACGAAUGGAAAGGGUUAAAGUUUUAGAAGAUAUAAAGAGUAACAGAAGACUUCCAAAGGAGUUUAAAGAAAAUCUUCAUAAUGAAGCAAAACUUGUGGAGCUGAUGUUAAAGCCUAUUUCUGACAGGCCAUCUUCAAGCGAGAUAAAAGAAAUUGAUGCAUUCAAGCAAAUGAAAGACCAAGCCGAGCUAAAUCGUGAUUCUAUGCUGUUAAAAUUUUAGAUUUAAACAAUUAUUAUUACUGUUAUAUUAGAUUGUUCAUAGAUCCAUAUCUCUGGAUUGUUAUAUUAGUUAUUAUUAUUAUAGUAGAUUGUUAUGAUUAUUUUCUAUUGUUCUCUGAUUACAAUUAAAAUUACAUUACAUCACCAACAGAGGUACAUACUAGUCUCUGAUCAUGAUCAAGCUCAA